AUGAAUCUCCCGAUGGCGUCGGAAGACGAUCGGCAAGUCGCACAGGAGCUCGGGCUCCUCCUACGAGGCACCGGGGAGGGAAAUGUGCCGUUUUCUCAGACUCGUUACGAGCAAGUGUCUAUAUCGGGGACGACUGGGGGGCUGGGAGACGGCUCUGCAGCGUCAGCGGCCGCGUCCCUAGAAGCGCAGUAUGGGCUGCGAGACCAGCAGGGGGCUGGGGGGGGCGCUAUGACGGGUGGAAUGGCGGGCGGAAUGGCGGGCCCGGAGGGUUUUGGCGGUGCGCCUGCGGCGGGGGGAUAUGGCGGGCGGGACUACCCCCACAGGAGCGGCAGCGCUCCGCCGUCGGUGGAAGGGUCGAUCUUUGCGAUGGGGCUCGGCGGAGAGGGUGCGCCGAAGUUCCCCGGCGGCGGAGAAGGCACGGAAAGCGGCGGAGGGGGGUAUGCGCAAGGGGGCGGGGGGGGGUAUGAGAUCCGCGCGGGGCUUGGUCAAGACGGUAUCGCGGGGGCGUUUGGGGAGGAUGGCGCGGGGAUGGGCUCGCUACGACCGUUCGAUGACGGGCAUGGGUUGCGAACGGGGCGAUCCUCGUCGUCCAAUCUGUUGUUUCCGCCGACCACGCUCCCCACUCAUCGGGAGGAGAUGGAGAGUCUAUGGGGCGCAGCGGGCGUUGGGGCCGGAGGAUUUGCGGGGUUGGCGUAUCGGCCUAAGAGCCUCGUGGAUCUUAUUCAGGAGGACUUUCCCCGCACGCCCUCCCCCAUCUUCGCGCUUCAGCGCGCAGCCAGCCGCUCAGGCGCGGACGAUUCCGCGGACGCCGCCACCGCCGCCGCCGCUGCUGCCGCCGCCGCGGUGCCGUCUUUCCUCAGCGCUUCCGCCAAUGACCUUCCGCGGCGCCCGCGCUCGUCUCUGCAGCUUGACGACGCGCACAGGCACGAGCUCGCGCUGCUCACCGCGGGGCUGCAGGCGGGCGGAGGCGCAGGCGGAGGGGGGGGAAGGGGCGCGGGGAACACGCGCGGAGGGGGCGCGAGUAGCGUUCCGCCGCUCCUUGGCGCAGGGUCGCGUUCGGGGACUCCGCUUAUCCCCCCCGGAUUGGUCGCGGGGAGGGUUAGCCCGGGACUGGCGAUGCAGCUAGCAGCGGCUCAGGCAGCUUCGGCUGCCAAACCUGCGGGUCUGCCUCGGGCGCAGUCCCCAGCCUUUGGAGUAGCGUAUCUCCAAUACCUCCCUCCUUCCUCCGCAACCAACCCCCCCACCUCCGCCGCCGCCGCCGCCGCCGCCGCCGCUGCAGCAGGCGCAGCAUCGUUCGUGGUAGGGUCUCCCCCUUACCCAACCUUCCUACACGAAUCCCUCCCCCUUCCGCCGGGUUCCGCCAGUUCCGCCGGUUCCCCCUUCCUGCCCCCGCACCUUGCUGGCGGGGCAGGCGCGCCUGGCUUCCCCCACGCGGUUCCCCCUGGCGGAGCAGGGGGAGUCUUGCCCGGGGGAGGUUUAUCUGGAGGGGCUGUAAACGGGUUUUAUCUGUCAGGGGGAGCAGGUGGGGGUGGUGGUGGUGGUGGUGGGGGUGGUGGCGCUGCUGCUGCUACUGCAGGAGCGGGUGGGGGUGGUGGUGAUGGUGGUGGGGGUACUGUUUCACUAGACGCCAACGCGCAGCACUAUCUGCCAAGCGAAGCCGCCCAGUUCGCCGCUGGCGGUGCUGGCGGUGGGGGCGCCGGUCCAGCUGGCAUGAACAGUGGCAUUGGGCGGUCAGUGAGUGCGGGCGGCGGGGUGAGGCGGGUCGGGGCGGCAGCAUCAGGGGAAGGUACAACUGCUGGUGUGGGCACGGGUACUGGUGGUAACACUGGUGCUAAUAUGGGGGGCGCUAAUAUGGGGGGUGCUGCUGAUUCAAUGUUACCCCCUGAAGUGCAGCACCUACUAGCCAUGCACCCGCAGUACAGAGCACAGAUCCUUGCAGGUUUAUCUGGGCUGGGUGUGUCCGGGGGCGGGGGAGGCUUAUCUAGUGGAGGGUUUACCGGGGGAGGAGGUAUGGGAGGGGGUAUGACUGGUGGUGGUGGCGGUGGUGGUGGUGGUAAUGGUGGUGGGGGCACUAGUGCUAGUGGGCUUGCCGCUGCUGCAGCAGCAGUAGGAGGAAUGGGCAUGGGUAUGAACAUGGGUAUGGGUAUGGGGUCGGGUCCCUCUGCUUAUCUCCCCGGGGGCAGCCAGCCAUUGGGGAUACCUGCUGACGUGGCGCGAUCCCGCGCCGCCGGCCUGCCAGCUGGCGCUCCGCUCGGCGGCAACAACAACAACCCUCCGAUGUACUAUGGAAGCCCUCCAGGAAGCUUCCUCCCUGUGAUGGCCUACCCGCCUUUAUCUCCUGCUAGUGGGGGAGGGGCGGGCGGAGGAGUGGUGCCAGCUGGCAUGUUGCCACAUCAGCAGGGCAGCAUGCUGAGUCAGCAUCACCAGCACGGGCACCAUGCGAAUCUGUACGAAUCGAUGCUAUUGGCUGAAGGAGGGCUGGGGGGAGGGAUGGGGCCGGCUGGGGUUGGGGGCGGGGGAAGCAUGAUGGGGGGAGGGGCAGGGGGAGGCGGAGGGGGCGGAGGAAAAGGGGGAGGUUACGCCAUGGGCGGAAUGAGCGGUGUGGGGGGAGCAGGCGGGGGAGCAGGGGCAGGGGGGAGCGGGAGGAGAGAGGAGAAAGGCGGAGGUGGGGGACUGAGGGGCUCACCUGGGGGAGGGGGUGGGGGAAGAGGUGUGUUGAGGGGUGCGGAGCGGUGUUCAGGGAUGCUGGUGAUUGGUGAGUGUUGGAGUGCUCGCUGUGUGACAUUGCAGGGCACGUGGUGGAGUUCAGGUGUGUUGGUGUGUGGUGCUCACAUGCUGCUGACUGGUGCUCACACGCUGCUGACUUGUGCUCACAUGCUGCUGAGUGGUGCUCACAUGCUGCUGAGUGGUGCUCACAUGCUGCUGAGUGGUGCUCACACGCUGCUGACUUGUGCUCACAUGCUGCUGAGUGGUGUUCACAUGCUGUUGACUGGUGCUCACAUGCUGCUGAGUGGUGCUCACAUGCUGCUGACUGGUGCUCACACGCUGCUGAGUGGUGCUCACAUGCUGCUGAGUGGUGCUCAGAGUGCGGACCAGCAUGGCAGUCGGUUCAUCCAGCAGAAGCUCGAGAUGGCCACGGAUGCAGAGAAGAGAAGGAGCUUGUGUUCUCACGGGUCGCGGUUCAUCCAGCAGAAGCUCGAGAUGGCCACGGAUGCAGAGAAGGAGCUCGUGUUCUGUGAGGUGCUGCCGCGCGCUCUCUCCCUUAUGACGGACGUGUUCGGGAACUACGUGAUUCAGAAGUUCUUCGAGCAUGGCCUGGACUCACACAGGGAUGCACUGGCAUCGGAGCUCAAGGGGCAUGUGCUGGCGCUGGGGCUGCAGAUGUAUGGCUGCCGGGUCAUUCAGAAGGCCUUGGAGGUUCUGCCUCUUCCGCAGCAACUGGAGAUCAUAGCCGAACUCGAGGGCACUGUGAUGCGGUGUGUGCGCGACCAGAACGGCAAUCAUGUCAUUCAGAAGUGCAUCGAGUGUGUGCCGCCCGCUCAUAUCGCCUCCAUCGUCAACAGCUUCUACGGCCAAGUCGUUGCGCUCUCAACCCACCCGUAUGGGUGCCGGGUUAUCCAGCGGGUGCUAGAGCAUUGCACGGAGGAGCAGAAGCAGAGGGGCGUGAUGGAUGAAAUCAUGCGGUCAACGUGUGCUCUAGCCCAGGACCAGUACGGCAACUACGUGGUGCAGCACGUCUUGGAGCACGGGAGCGAGGACGAGAGGAACGUGAUUAUAACGAAGCUGGCGGGGCAGAUAGUGACGAUGAGCCAGCACAAGUUCGCCUCCAACGUGAUUGAGAAGUGCCUGCAGUACGGCGGGCCGGCUCAGAAGCAGCUGCUCUUGUCGGAGAUGCUGGGGAGAACGGAUGAGAACGAGCCUCUUCAGGCGAUGAUGAAGGACCAGUUUGGCAACUACGUGGUGCAGAAGGUCCUGGAAACGUGCAGCGAGGGGCAGAGGGAGAUGGUGCUGGGGCGCAUUCGCGUGCAUCUGCACACACUCAAGAAGUUCACCUAUGGGAAGCACAUCGUUGCACGCGUGGAGAAACUUCUGGCCGCUGGAGGCCGUAUGCAAUCUCGGGCAGAGAGAGAGCGGGUGAUGGCACCCUCCUACUCAGGACCAGCUGGGGGAGGUUUCACUGGUGCAAGCUUUUCCAGUGGAGGGAACGUUGCAGGGUUGGGUUCAAGCCGGCAAGGCACGCGCGAGAGACUAUUCGACCGCGACGACCAGAGCCUCAAGUACAAGGGAGUGCAGAAGCAUGUGCGCGGCUGGCUCGUCAAGUACGCGUCGCGCGGCAAGACCGUCGUGCUGGGCGUUCGUCCGACGCAAGAGGAGGCGGCGUCGCUCUAUGACAAGUUCGCCUACAAGGUUCACGGCAACGCCGAGACGCUCAAUCUCGGUCUCACGCUCGCCGAGAAACGAGCCCUAGACGCUCUCUCCGACCGCGAGUUCCUCGCCAUUAUAAAAAAGGACAACUUUAAUCUAAGCUUCCGUAAAGGAUGGAGUUCGAAUUACAUCGGCGUGAGCUGGUACGAAGACUAUGGCGGAUGGGUGGCGCAGGUGAACAUGGGGGGGAUCACGCGGAAGAUCAAGCGGAGCAAGACGGAGGAGGUGGCCGCUGCGGCCGUCGAUCGCGCGCUGCUGCGACGCGACGGCGACCGUGCGAUCACCAACGCGAUGAUCUUCGGCGGGUGUAUCAAAGUCGAGACGCUCAUGGACCUCGAGGGGCUGCGCGACGCGGUGAUCCUGUCGCGAGUCGCCGAGAUGGAAGGAGGAGCAUCCGCCAAGUCGGUUUCCAUCGUCGCUGCAACCCAGUUGCCUUCAGGCAGCGAGCUGGUGGCGGGGUGGGCGGGCAAGCUCCGCUGGGGAGUGAUGCACAACAAGGACAAGGGCGUGUGGGAGAUGGUUCUCUAUAUCGGCCCCAAACCGUUUCUCCGAGGACGGACGCAGUUGGGAGACGAAGCCGCACGCCUCUACGACAGGAUGGCCUACAAGUUCCGAGGCACGUCAGCAGUGCUCAACUUCGGGCUAUCCGCUGCCGAGAAGCUGGAGUUAGAGCAAAUGACCAAGGACGAUUUCCACCUGCACCUGCGCAAGACCUUCGUCCGCAGCUUCCGCUCGCGAUCCUGUCCGUCCAUCUACAAGGGCGUGAAGUGGGGCCCGCAGGAGCAGAAAUGGAUCGCCGCAAUCCGCGUGGGAAACCGGUUUUCUAAGAUUGGAUUGUAUGACGCGGAAGAGGAGGCAGCUGCUGCUUAUGAUCGGACGAUCGUGGAGGUCCGCGGGGUGCAUGUGAUGACUAAUGCGAAGUUUGUGGACGGGUUGAACCACGCGCAGGUGACUGUAACGGAGGUUCCUAUAAAGGGGCAGGAGGAGGCGUUUAUCCGCGCGUCGGGAGGGGGGGUUGGCGGGGAUGGGGGGAGAGGGGGAGGGAGAGGGGCGCGCGGGCGCGGGCGGGGGAGGGGGCGGCCGCCGAUCACCCAUCUAGCGCGGGAGGAGCGGAGGAACAGGCUGGUGGCGUCGUUGGGUGGUUCUGUCGAAGCAGCUAAGCUGGGGAUAACCGGUGGUGAUGGUCCCGGUGCUGCUGGUGAUGGCGCUGGUGGUGCUGCUGCAGAGUUAGGAACAGGAGCGGGGGAAGGUGAAGGGGGAGGAGGAGAGGGAGAAGGAGGGGGGGAAGCGGCUGGGGAUGCGUCUAGCGGAGGGGGUAAGGAGGAGGGGAAGGAGGAGUGGGUGCCGGCGCCGAGAGCAGAGGAGUUGGAGCAGAUAGAGGAAUGGAUGGCGAAUGAGUGGGAGCAGGGGGAGAUUGUGGGGUGGAUGGAAGGGGCUGCUCCUGGGAGUGACGAGAAGGGGUUGAGCACGCUUGUUCCUGCUGGCGCAGCUGGUGGUGGCGCUGCUGGUGGCGCUGGUGGUGGUCCUGGUGGUGGGGGGGAAGGUGGUGGGAAGGAGAAGGGGGAGGGCGAGGAGGAAGGGUCGUUGGCGAUUGACUUGGAAAUGGCUGGGCUAGACGAUGGGGACGAUGCUGCUGGUGGUGGGGAGGGCGGGGGGGAUGCUGAAGGGGACUGGGAUGAGUUUUGUGAGACAACAGCUAGGGAGGUGGCGGAAGGUGCAGGGAACGCUGACGGGGAAGGCGCUGGUGGGGACGGCGGGGCGGGGAAGAAGGGCGCGGGCGGGAAGGGUGGGGAAGUUGGGGCGGAUGAGUUGGGGAACGCGCAUGCAUCUGUGGAGCAACUACUGGCUGCUGCGGAGGCCGGGCCUGGGGGCGGGGCGGGGGCUGAGGGGGGCGGCGCAGGGGGCGCGGGAGAGGGGGAGGGAGACGGAGAGGAGGAUGGGGAGGAUGAUGUGAUGUUGGAACUGAAUGCAGAUGACGAGGGGAAUGAGGGGAGGGAUGGAGGUGGUGGGGAGGGUGCUGGGGGCGCGCAUGGGCGGGAUUGGAUGGAUACUGUCGAAGGGGAUGACGACAAAACGGAAGGAGAAGGGGGAGAAGGGGGAGGAGAUGGGACUAAGACUCCAGCCAAGGGACCAGGGCAGGAGGGGGAUGCAGGUGCAAUAACCCCUGCUCAAGGCCCCUCCCGCCUCCCCCUCACCCCAGGCUCCGCCCCGUCCGCCCUCCAAAUCAGCACCGUUUCCACCCUAGCCGCCCCUACCUCCUCCUUCGGUGCUCCAGAUUCCUCUGGCUUACAGACUUACUCAGGGAAGAGACCCAGGGGGCGGCCAAGGAUUCAUGAGCAUCCAGAGGAGGAGAAGAACAGGUUGUCUGAGAAGUAUAUGGGCGUGGAGUUUAAGGGGCGGACGCGGGCGUGGGAGGCGUUUCUGAUGUCGGGGCAGCGGCGGUAUAACUAUGGGCAGCGGUAUACAGAAGAGGAGGCAGCGCGGCUUCAUGACAAGGUGGCGUAUCGCCUCAAGGGACCGACAGCCCCCACCAACUACCCUCUCGGGGAGGAGGACAAGGCUCGUCUCGACUCAAUGACAGUCGAGGAAUUCUUAACCCACGUUCGCCGCACCAACGUCAGCAGCGUUUUUCAGGGACGGCGUGGCUCGUCCUUAUUCAAGGGCGUGAGCUGGAUGCCAGACAAGCAGCGGUGGGCGGCGCUGAUCAAACUAGACCACGGAAAGGUGAGGAAGAUCGGGUUAUACACCACGGAAGAGGACGCGGCAGCAGCAUACGAUCGCGCUCUGAUCGACCGCGACGGUCCAGAAGCUCUAACCAACGAGAGGUUUUUCCGGUCGUUAGACGACGAUGCCUUAGACCGGUUGCUACAGUCGCGGCGGUCCCGAGACGAGAGCUGCAACUGGAAGGAACGGGCGAAGUAUUUUCUCGAUAAUAUCGAGAAGCUGGGGCAUAAGUCGAAGAGGGCGAGGGCACCGUCCCCUGUGGGAGCGCGGGGACUUGUAGGAGGAGGUGUGGCGGGACCGGUGGGGUCGAGGGAAGGAGAGGAGGGGCCGCAGCCAGGGACCGUUGCUGCGCUGGGCGGGGGCGCGAUUAGCUCUCAGAAGGUGUCGCAGAGUGCUGCUGCUGGGAGGAAGGGGCGUGGAGGUGGUGCUGCUGGUGGCGGGAGGUAUGGGAGUGGAGGAAUGGGGAGUGGGGGGUAUGGGUAUAUGGGAGGGGGAAUGAUGGGUGGUGGGAGCGGGGUGAUGGGCAUGGGGGGUUAUAUGGGAGGUGGGGUCAUGGGGGGGAAUGUUAUGGGGGCAAAUGUAAUGGGAGCGAAUGUUAUGGGUGCGAGUGUUAUGGGUAGCGGUGGGGGGUACGGUCUGGAUCGGUGGGGUCUGUACCCUUCCCCCAUGGCUGCGUCAGGGCAUCUAGCCCCUAACCAGCGGGGCAUGCCGAGUUUUAACCCGGGAGGGGGUGGGUUUGCAGGCGCCGGGGGAGGGAGGAAGGGUGGAGCGGUUGGGAGUGGUGCUGCUGGGUUCAAGAGAGGCCGAUAUGAUUUUGAAGAUGAUGAGGAGGAUUUUGAUGAGGAUGAGGAGGGGUUUGGGGAGGGGUAUGAGGAGGAGGGGAGAGGAGGUGGGGGUGGUGGGGUGGGACGGGGCAGGUGGGGGGGUGGAGCAGGAUGGAAGAGGCAGCAGCAGGAUCAGUUGUAUGGGGGUGUGAUGGGGGGUGGGAUGGGGUCUGGUGCGGUUGGGAUGGGUAGCAGCAGUCUUUACGGCUCUGGCUCUCGUGCUGGUGCUGCUGGUGGCGGUAUUGGUGGUGCACAGCGUAAGAGGUCUCAACCCCACACCUCCUCUCCUGCCGAAGAAAUUCUUCGUAUGUACUCUGUAGGCCAGUCUGCACCAGGUGAUCCUUCCCCAGGUGCAGACAAACUUGGGGCGGGCCGGCCGGCGCAGAGGGUUCUAAGGGACGUGGGAGGGGAGGAAGAUGAAGAGCUGGAGGAGGAUAUGGUGGGAGGAGGAGGGGAGGAAGAGGAGGAAGCGGAGGAGGCGAGAGGGGGUGGAUCCAGCCGUCGAUUGGGCGAUCUGAUGACGAGGAUCUCCGGCGCGCUAUCUCAGCCGUUAGAUGGGGAGGAUGAGGAAGGGGGCGGGGGAAGGGGGAUGGGUGGGGGGGACAUGGGGGGAGAGGAGGAGGAUGUGGUGGAGCACUUGAACCCACACAUCCAGAGGCACGGGCAUGCAGUAGUGCAGGCAGUCCAGCUUGGUCAGCAGCCCCGUGUGCCCAUCCCACCUCUGCUUCCCCCGGUCAAUCCCUUAACCUCCUCGGUGCCAGCAGUUUCUCGAGCAUGUUGCUAA